AUGGCGCAGAAACCGCAACACGGCGAGAAUAUGGGUCUCAGCAACGACGAUUUUACCUUCUUUGAUCACUAUGUAGAUCCUUCGUGGUCGACAGUUGUCGAUCCUGCCCAGAACGCUCCAGACGAGACUCUGUUUGCGGGGCUGGCUGACUUUACAAAGGAUCCAAUGUUCCUCGAGCCCCUUCCAUUCGAUCUGGGCACUUUUAUCAACUCGAUGGGCUCUGACAGCGCCUCUAUGUCGACCAAGGAUCUCUUUACCCCCACCGCUGCAGGCGGAGUGGCCCCUCCUGGGACCGUGCAGCCCACCGCGACGAUUCUCGAACCCUCUCUUGGCGCCUUUUCAGACUCUGCGUCGCCCGCUGACUCUCAUUCCCCGUCGCAGUCAGCCUCGAUCCACGCCGACGAGGCCAACUCGGACAGCGACGAGGAAUCAGACGACCAAGAAGACGAUUUUGUGACUAGGAAGCGAACUUCCUCCUCUCGAGGUCGUGGCGUCAGCACGUCAGUCAAGUCCAAGCGCGCUGCGAAUAAACCCAAGCCGUAUCCGCGUGUGUCAGACGUCGUCCGUGAUGCGCCUCACAAGCUGGCCGAUGGAAAGCGCCAUCCAGCUUCUACAGAGCUCAAGGGAUCUGUCCGUACUGCCGAUGCCGCUGAUGAUGACUGGAGACCUACGAUGGAGGAGUACCAGAAAAUGUCUAGCAAGGAAAAGAGGCAACUCCGCAACAAGAUUUCCGCCCGCAACUUCCGUGUCCGUAGAAAGGAAUACAUCACGACGCUCGAAGGCGAAGUGGCCGCCCGUGAUCAGCAGCUGCAGACGUAUCGCGAGGAGCUCAGUAACACAAAGUCCGAAAACUCCGAACUCCGCAAGGAGAUUGAGCGUCUCAAGCGCGAGAUCAUGGAAGGUCGUGGCGGAGUAUCUAUCUUUGAACAAUCGCCAUCCGAUUCCAAGGCCAACGUGCUCGCCCAAGCCAAUAGCAAAGUGACUCGCGCCAAGAACGUGGUUCCUCGACCAACCCGCAACAAGGACCUUCCCGCGUCUGGAUCUACACGUGGAUUCUGGGGAGGUGCCACUAUGAAUGGAACGACCCCCGUCCAUACCACGCUGAUCCCUGACUUUGAUAUCAGCACUACCCUCUCCGGAAAGCCUCGGCUGCAGGAAAACAUGAACCCGCUUCUCAACUCAUCGGUCAAACGGGACGCUCAGAGUACGACCCCCAACUUGCCGCUUCUCUCGAGUGGCUUGGACGGACUCCACAACUUUACAUUCAGGAACAUGGACGGCGAUCGUAUGCAACUUUGGUCGCGCAUGGCUCGCGAGGCCGGUGCCGCUCAAGCUCGACGAGAAGAGUUGCUUGGGAGCCCCGCAUCUUCGGCUGGCUCUUCUCUCGGUAGCAGCGGCUAUUCUUCCAACCUCUCUCAUAAUAUCAACCCCCUGUUCUUUGCCAGCCCCUUGGCCAAGAAGGACAUCAACAAGUCGGUUCCAAUGCCGACACCCACCCAGGCCUUGGUCGGGACGUCGAUUGCCCAUCACGUCACCGGAAAGCUCAUGGGUGCCCUCUGGGGUGCAUUUGCGCCCAAGUCGGUUCUCGAUAUGGACAAGGUCAAGAAAGUGUUGGACGGCAAGGCAGAGUUGCGUGUUGUCGAUGUCGAUUCUCGGUCGAACACGGCAGCCUUGGAAGAAGGUUUAAAGGCGAUGAACCUUGCGAGCACCCCAUCGCCACAACCGACGAGGAAGACGAGCGUCGAUGCGCUCGAGGAGGGGCUGAAGAGCAUGUCACUGACGCCUCCUGCUGCGACGAAAAAGGAGACGUCGAGUCCGGUCGGAUUGUUUGGACUCCCUAUGCGGACUGGCCAUUCGCCCUCGCCGACGCACCAGGCCAACACAAAACACACUGUGACCGCUCAGCAUUAA